GCCGGCCGAGCGGAGUCCGCGCCUACCCGCGCUGAGCUGCCCGCUCCGGCGGCUGCGCUGCUCGCCUGCCGCGACGUCGCGCCGGGGUCUCCAAGCAUGACCGAGCUGAGGCAGAGGGCGGUCCGGGAGCCGGACGCGCCGCCCGAGGACAAGGAAUCGGAGUCAGAAGCAAAGGUAGAUGGAGAGACUGCAUCGGACAGUGAGAGCCGAGCGGAAGCUGCUCCUUUAUCAACCUCUGCAGAUGAUACCCCAGAGGUCCUCAACAGGGCCCUUUCCAACUUGUCUUCAAGAUGGAAGAACUGGUGGGUGAGAGGCAUCCUGACUUUGGCCAUGAUUGCAUUUUUCUUCAUCAUCAUUUACCUGGGACCAAUGGUUUUAAUGAUCAUUGUGAUGUGUGUUCAGAUUAAGUGUUUCCAUGAGAUUAUCACUAUUGGCUACAACGUCUACCACUCCUAUGACCUGCCCUGGUUCAGAACCCUCAGCUGGUACUUUCUCCUGUGUGUAAAUUACUUCUUCUAUGGUGAGACGGUGACCGAUUACUUCUUCACUCUGGUCCAGAGAGAGGAGCCUUUGAGGAUUCUCAGUAAAUACCACCGGUUCAUUUCCUUUACUCUCUACCUAAUAGGAUUCUGCAUGUUUGUACUGAGUCUGGUCAAGAAGCAUUAUCGACUGCAGUUCUACAUGUUUGGUUGGACCCAUGUAACAUUACUGAUUGUUGUAACUCAGUCACAUCUCGUUAUCCACAACCUGUUUGAAGGAAUGAUCUGGUUCAUUGUCCCCAUCUCUUGUGUGAUCUGUAAUGACAUUAUGGCCUAUAUGUUUGGCUUCUUCUUUGGUCGGACCCCACUCAUUAAGCUGUCCCCGAAGAAGACCUGGGAAGGCUUCAUUGGGGGCUUCUUUGCUACUGUGGUGUUUGGCCUUCUGCUGUCCUAUGUGAUGUCCGGGUACAGAUGCUUUGUCUGCCCCGUGGAAUACAACAAUGACACCAACAGCUUCACUGUGGACUGUGAGCCCUCGGACCUCUUUCGUUUGCAGGAGUACAACAUCCCUGAGGUGAUCCAGUCGGUCAUUGGCUUGACAACAGUCUGGAUGUACCCCUUCCAGAUUCACAGCAUCGCCCUCUCCACGUUCGCCUCGCUCAUCGGCCCCUUUGGAGGGUUCUUUGCAAGUGGAUUCAAACGAGCCUUUAAAAUCAAAGACUUUGCCAACACCAUUCCUGGCCACGGAGGCAUCAUGGAUCGCUUUGACUGCCAGUACCUGAUGGCCACCUUUGUCAACGUGUACAUUGCCAGUUUUAUCAGGGGCCCCAACCCAAGCAAGCUGAUUCAGCAGUUCCUGACCUUGCGUCCAGAUCAACAGCUGCACAUCUUCAACACACUCAGAUCUCACCUGGCUGACAAGGGGAUGCUGACAGCCACCACAGAGGAUGAGUAGGGGCCCCAGGGCCGAGACAGCAGGAGCAAACGGAGCGAGGGGCUGGGCUCCAAGGCAAAGCCCCACUGGUGUGACUCAGUCAAUGACAAGGCUUCAACUCACUGUUUUUUUUUUUUUUUUUGGUAGAGUGUUUUUUAUUUGCGGGUUUUCAAAACAAUCUGUAUAUAUAGUCUAUGUGCUUAUGAUUUGGGUUGUGGGUAAGCUACAGCUUUGAGUUGGAAAGAAGUCACAGGGAUCAGACCAUUUGGGUUUUUUAAACAAAAGUUUUAACCUGGAAGACAGUGUUGCCCAACUGGGGUACAUCUGCUUGGUUCUUCUUACUCUCAAGCUAGAGUUUCUGUUGCUGGGCUCGCUAAGAGAGUGGAUGUCCAUCUG